AUGCAUCUCCUCGAAUUACCAGUCGAGCUACUGCAGGGCAUUGUUGAACAUCUCGCUGACGAAAGGGACAUCAGUUCUCUCAGCCGGACGAGCUGGUCGCUGUUCAGCAUGGUCAUUUCGCACCUCUAUGCUCACAAUCAUUUCCACCACCAUGGCUCGGCUGUGACAUGGGCCAUCGAAGCCGGGCGGCCAGAAACAAUCCGAAGAGCACUCAGCGUGGGCGUUGACCUUGUGCAGCUGCGUCAUGUUACGCUCGCGGCGGAGCUUGGCCAAGCGGAUCUUCUCAAUACCCUGCUGGAGGGCAAAUUGAAACACGGCGGCUUUGAGAGCAUGGAAACUGAUGAGGAUGACCGGUGCCCUUUGUAUGUCGCAGCGAAAGCCGCGCAGUACGAUACUGUCAAGAUACUUCUGGACACAGGCAGAAUCGGGGUUGAAGCGUGGAGCCGCUACGACAGGACGCCACUACACAUUGCAGCGAGCUAUGGCAAUCCACGGCUGGUCAGACUGCUCUUGGACUACGGGGCUAAUCUUAUGGCGAUGGAUAAAUUUGGACGCACGCCACUAGGAUAUGCCUGCGCACCAGACCACUACUUCUCGAGGGCCCGGCAGACGGCAAGCCGAGAAGCUUACGUCGAAACUGUACGAGUUAUUGUUGAGUACGGAGCAGAUGUUCGCUUCAGAGAAAUGAACAACUUCACUCCGUUCCAUUCGGCCGUCCGUUAUGGUUAUUGUGAUGUAGUCGAGCUGCUUGCUGCGAAUGGCGCGGACGUGAACACUCGAGACCGACGGGGACACACCCCUUUACAAACUGCCAGCCUCGAAUGCGGGACACUUGAGAUGACGCAAUUACUCGUUCGCGCAGGUGCUCAUGUCGGCGCGACGAACUUCCAUGGCCGCAACUCGCUCUACAUGUCACCAAAGACGAGGGAACCGGCACAAGUGGCCGAGUUCCUGUUCGCGCAGGGAGUUGAGAUGACCAGAGACCUCGAAGGCAAUACCCCGCUUCAUUAUGCGAAAGUCUCCUCAGACCUGGUCGAGGUCUUUCUUGCGCAUGGAGCUGUUAUUAAUGAUUUGAAUCUGAGACGAGAGACGCUCCUGCACCUUGCUUCCUCUGACCCAAGUCGAGCUUCACUCGUUGGGAUGCUCAUCGAGCGUGGCGCAGAUAUUAACCUGAAGGAUAUCCAAGGGCAGACACCCCUGUUUCUGGCAGUACGAUGCUCCUCGCUAAAAGCGAUGGAGGUUCUGCUAGAGCACGGAGCAGACCCCAACUGCCUACCCAAUAGUGGGUUGUCUAUGAUACAGAUGGCAAUCUCACGGCGCUCCGCGGAUCAGACUGAUCUCCUUCUACGCUUUGGAGCAGAUCUUGGAAAAUUCAAUGAGCAGGGAAGAAGCGCCAUGCAUUAUUGCGCGUUGUUCGGACACCUCAAGCUGAUGGAGAUAAUGAUCCAGCAUGGAGCCUCGACUAACGAGCCUGACGAACAUGGGCGCACACCCCUCAUGGAGGCUGUGGUGGGACAUUCAAUAAAGGCAGUAGAUUUUCUCCUGAACCACGGAGCAAAUGUUCAUGCUGUUGAUGAGGACGGACAAACCGCACUGCACCUACUCACAGCGGUCCACGGCGCCAAGUGGUCUGACAUUAUCCAGCUUCUCGUUCGCCAUGGCGCCGACAUGGAGGCUUUGGACAACGAAGACCGGAGCCCUCUGUCUAUCCUUAGGUCUGGAGUGGAUGAUGUAGUAGUGGAGUUAUUCUACCAUCGCAACCCAAAUCAUGACGAUUCUUUCGACCUAUGA